UCUCUCGUAUAGAAUUGGAUAAUCUUCCCUCUGUGCGAAACAAGAACACUUUGUACAGAUAUAUGUAAUAUGUUCAUCCUUUAGUACAUAAAUGUGUUAAAUAUGCAAUUUAACUUGUGUAAGCUACGCCCUUAUAACUUGAUAAUAAGCUAUUGAUUAGCUUGAGUUGUCGUGAAGGAAAAAUGGACAUAGUGAUUACAAAAUCGGAUGCACAUUAAUAUCCGGAUAAUCGAGUAUUAAGAUAAUUAACUUCCCAAUUUUUCAUAUAAUCUUGUGAGGAAGCUGUUCUUAUUAAAACCUGAAGUUGUGUAUUAUGUUAAGUUUUAAAUAGAGUAGGUUAUGUAAAGCCUUGAAUUGUUGUGGUUGUAAGGAUAAUCCAUAUGCCUAUAUGGACUUUUAGAAAGACAAUGUCAGCUGCUUGAAUAAUGAGGAUAAACUUCUGUAGCAUACAAGAUAUUUGUAAAACCCUUGAGCAGUAUGUAUAGGUCAGAGGUUACUUCUAUCUGAAUAUGGUGGUCUACUAGUUUAUCAUGUGUCUGCUGCAUCAACAAGUGCUUCCUAUGCUCAUCCAUCUACAAACCCACAUGAUUCUUCCUGCAGCUUUGGCACAAACCAACUUCACCUACAACAGAAUGCAUACCAAAAUAACAUCUAUCAAAUCAGAGCCUGAGUCCACUUCUGCAUCAGAACACCGUGUUUUUGUCAGAAGAAAGAGAUCAAGAAACCCCGAAUUAGUCACAAAAACAGAGCCUCAGGACCAGAAAUUCACUAGUAUCCUACCCGACAUCGAAGAAUUCGCAUACGGAAAACCAAAUGUUAACCUACCUCUAACAAAAUCCAGACUCAAAACCCAGGUCAAAUCAGUCAACCCACCUUUAAACUGGGAAAAAGUUCUCGAACAAAUUCACAAAAUGAGAUCUUUAAAUGAUGCCCCGGUAGACUCCAUGGGAUGUGAAAAAGCGGGUACUUCUCUCCCUCCAAAAGAAAGAAGAUUUGCAGUUUUGAUAUCUUCACUUCUCUCAAGCCAAACAAAAGACCACGUCACCCAUGGAGCCAUACAACGUCUCCAAGACAGCAACCUUCUAAAACCAGAAACAAUCGAGAAAGCCGAUGAAACAACCUUAAAAAACUUGAUUUACCCCGUUGGAUUUUACACGAGAAAAGCCACUAACAUGAAGAAAAUAGCGAAAAUAUGUUUGAUGAAAUAUAACGGGGACAUUCCGAAUACACUCGAGGGAUUGUUGUCACUUCCGGGUAUUGGUCCUAAAAUGGGUCAUUUGGUUAUGAAUGUGGGGUGGGAUAAUGUGCAAGGGAUAUGUGUGGAUACACAUGUGCAUAGGAUUUGUAAUCGGCUUGGUUGGGUUAUGGGGACAAAGACACCAGAGGAGACACGAGAGGCGUUGCAGAUGUGGCUUCCGAAGGAGGAGUGGGUCCCGAUAAAUCCUCUUUUGGUGGGAUUCGGGCAGACGGUUUGUACUCCUCUUCGGCCUUCUUGUAGUUUGUGUAGCGUUAAUGAGCUCUGCCCGUCUGCAUUUCGGGCAGCCACCACGCCCAAGAAGAAGCUGCCCAGAAAAACAAAGCCUGAGGAAUUGUAAGUAAGUAUUGGGUCAGUAGACUUUUGAAGUUUGUUAUGUAAUUAUAAGCUUUUGUGAUAGGCUCUUGGUUUUAAUCCAAGGCCAAAACAAUAUGGGUGUUUUUGUGUG